CGAGUGAUUGAAAACAAACAGAAAUUUUUAUAUAAAUCCGUUUUCAUUCCGUUUCCGUAUUUAAUUAAUCAACAGAAAAACAAUGGAAAAUCUAAAUGAUGAUGAUAGUGGUUUUGCUAUCAUUGAAAAUGCUCAAGAUGUACUGAAAGAUCAUCAACAACAACGGCAACAACAACAUCGAACAAUUGAUGAAAGAAUUGUCAACAAUUAUUAUCUUGAAGAAUAUAUGUCACUUGAAAAUGUUAAAACAUUAAAACAAACUGCACUGAAAUGUGGCCUACGAAGUUAUCGAUUUCGUUCGAUUGCUUGGAGUAUAUUUCUUGAAAGUUUACCCGAAAAAUCAUCCGAUCGUAUUGAACGUAUACGUCUUACACGUUCAAAAUAUCAAGAAUUACAGAAUAAAUAUCGUCAUGAUCCUAGAGAAUUUCAAGCUGAUGAUAAUAAUAAAACUAACGAUAAUCCAUUAUCACAAGAUGAAACUAGCCAUUGGAAUCAAUAUUUUUCCGAUGAUGAACUACAAUCACGAAUCAAAAAAGAUGUUGUCCGAGCAUUUCCGGAUAUAAAUUUUUUUCAAGGUGAAAAAAUUCAACGUAUAAUGGUUGAUAUUCUGUUUAAUUAUGCAAGAGAAAAUUCAAAUAUUGAAUAUAAACAAGGAAUGCAUGAAAUAUUAGCACCAAUCAUAUUCGUUAUACAUUCGGAUCAUCAAUCAUUUUUAUUUGCUCAAGAAAAUGGUCUUGAUGAAGAAGAAAUCCGAGAAUUAAUGGAUCCACGAUAUUUAGAACAUGAUUCAUAUUUUUUAUUUUCACACAUAAUGGAAAGUAUUGAUUCAUGGUAUGAUAAUAAUUCAAUACAAACUAUAAGAAAAAAUGAAUAUGUUAAUAUGGAACCAUUUUCGAAUGAUAUUGAUUUUAAUUGUUAUUCAAAAAUUGGUAUAAAAUUGAAAAUGAUAACGGAACAAAUUUUACGUCGACAUGAUGAAAAAUUAUUUCAACAUUUAAAAGAUUUGAAAAUUGCACCACAAAUUUAUGGUAUACGAUGGAUGCGUUUAUUAUUCAUUCGGGAAUUUCAAAUGCAAGAUCUUUUAGUUUUAUGGGAUGCAAUAUUUGCAUAUGAUUUUUCACUUUGUGAUUAUAUAUUUACUGCAAUGUUAAUUGUUAUACGUAGCCUAUUGUUACCUUGUGAUUAUGCUGAAUGUUUAAAUCAUUUAAUGCGUUAUCCAUCGGUUUGUGAUGUACAUUAUGUUAUACAUUUAGCAUUACAUUAUCGUGAUUCAUUAAAUUAUCCUGAACCGGUUGAACAUUCAACACUUGUCAUACCGAAUCCGAAUGCAAUUAAAGUACAAAUGGCAAAUCGUUUACCACCAUCAUUAUCAAUGUUUGGUAUUGGAAAAAUUUCCACUGUUCAAUUACCGAAUAAUUUCUCGAAUCAUCAUAAUCAUAAUCAUCAUUCAAGAUCAUCAUCAUCAACACAACAACAUUCACAAAAAUCGAAUGAAUUGAAAAAUGUUUCAUUCGAAUGGAUUGAAGAUAAAUUGAUAAAAUUUCAAGGAAAUGAUGGUAGUAAUCAGCAACAUUCAUUUGAUUGUUGUCAAGAUUUAGCUCAAGAAUUACAAAAUCUAAAAUAUAAAACGGAUUUUUGUUCACGUUAUAUGACAAAACAUUUGGAAAUAAUACAAAAAUUUAUUAAUCAAUGUGCAACACAGCAGCAGCAAUCAACAAGCAAUAAAAAUAAUCAACAACAACAACAAUCUAAUCAGGUUAAUAAUCAAACGGAACAGGAUUUUGAAUCAUCAUUGGAUAAUGUUUUAAUAUCGAUUGCUGAAUUGAAAAAAAUUCGUGACAUUUUACGUGGAACGAUAGCACUUUAGCAGCCUGUUUAGCAAUAACAACAACAACAACACUGAAGACAAUCAAUCAAUCAAUGGCAUGAAUGGCAUUAUCAUUAAUUUUUUUUUGUUUUGUUAUACUUUUCUCUCUUGAACAACAGACAUUAAUGAAUGUUUUUUCUUUUAUUGAAUUUGUUUUUCCGAAAAAACACCAACAACAAAUGAAUUUUGAUUUUCUUUUUUGAUUUU